AUGGUGACGUGCUUCGAGGCACAGCUAGAGAACGAGGCUAAGAAGGUGAUCGACGGCUUCGACAUCUCUACCCUGACCAACUACUUCGGCAAACAGCUCGAGUCCGUCUUCCCGGGGAACAUAUACGCCGAUGUGUCCGAGUCGCAGCUGCGGACCGUGGCAGGGUGCGAGUCCGCCACCGACGACGUCGAUCCGACCGUCUAG